AUGGGCAAUCAGGCUCGCUACACACAUCGGCUAUUCCUGAAGCACACAUCACUGGAACAAGCAUUUAAUGCUCUCGAUGCCAAUGGUUUCCGGCUGAUGACUGCUUCGGCGCAUGGCCCAUCCAUUCAGCGUGAUCCAGUCCGAGUGGACGAAGAACGAUUCAUGCAUUAUACACAGUUCGUCUUUGAGCGGCGAUGA